AUGCCACUCCCACCUUUUCCCACACAACAACCGCCUCCAUGCGAUGAACCGGCUUGGGUGUUACCCAGCCGAACUUUCAAACCCUCGUCCUCUUGCAAGGCCUCCCCCUUGAAGACCUCUGGGCCCAAGUACUUCUCCAGGGCCGUGUUUGAUGAUGCAGAUCAUGUUGUUUCAUCCUUGGACACACUUGAGGCCUCCCCUAGUCCCAGGCCCCGGAAGAGCACCAUAUCGAAGCCAAGGCCCAGUCAAGCCCACAAAAAACAGGUUCAGGAGUGGAAGGCCCUCCUCCACAUCCUUGAGGCUGCACCUGUGAUGGAUAUGCCUGCCAAAGAGGCUGAUCCGCUCCAGUGGAUUGAGGACUUUGGCGGUCAAUAUGAAACAGGGUCUUUAGCGGAGUGGACUUUGAACCGUAUCUGCCAGCUCCUUGAGCAAUCCAAGGAUGACACCCUGGGUGUGAUUGAGGCUGUUGACGCUGUGCUGGCUGGCUUCUGUAAAAAGGGGUCAGAUAGCAAGCUUCUGCUGAUUGGUCAGGCCAAUAUCACCACCUAUCGAAGUGAGAUUCGAACUUGGUUGGUGGAUCGGGAUGAGUCCUUUUGGCUUUUGCAGGAGACACAUGUCACUGAAUCAGACACCAGAGCCCUGGUGAACAAAUUCCAAUCUGUUGGAAAGCAAGCUUGGGCGGGCCCUGCUGCACCGACCCAGGGAGGAUCUUCAGGGGGCCUCCUCACCCUGGCUCCUUCCCAUCGCAAUGCGGCGACUGGCCCGGCUUUCCUCUUGGAUGGCAAAGGGUUUGUGUCGGUUUCAAUUAGGUUUAGGGGUUGGGACCUCCUCCUGGUCAACCUUUACCUCCAGUCCGGUGUGGGCCCGACCGGAGGGGUUAACCCGGAGAUCCUUAGGAGGUUGGCUGCGCUCCUUAGCCAAACCAGCACGCCCUGGCUGGUUCUUGGUGAUUGGAACUGCCCUCCUGAUGAACUCCUACGACUUGGAUACCCUACCAUGGUUAAGGGCCGGUUGGCGGUGCCGACAAGCCCCACAAUCAAUACGGGGGGAACUUUGGAUUAUGCGUUAGCGUCGGCCAAUCUAGCGCCGGCCAUUACACUUACUCCUUGUUGGGACGUUGUGGCCCGGGCUCAGGAGCUUGCUCGUCCUGUGGUUCCACCCUUCUCCGCCUAG